GGAGAUCAGAUCAGACUGAGCGAAUAUAAAACUAUUAAUAUUUCAUUAUUUACUCUAUUUUAUAUCAUCUUACAUAAACAUGUAGUUUACAGUUAUAACAUGUCAUCUAUACUGACCUCUACUGUCUGAUUAUUUGUGUAAUAAUAUAAAGAUAUAAACAGAAAUAUAAACUUAUUUACGUUCAGCAAUGCUGGAGUCCAUACACAUCACCGAACGUCUCCAGUGGUCCGAGACAGACACGGCUAAGAAGCGUGGACUGGAGAAGCCAGUCAGUUCAAGUCAGGACUGUGUGGAGCGCUGGUCUUCAGACGUCCUGAGGAAUCGGUUCUCCAGCAGCUAUGAUAAGAAAGAGGACGAAGGCCAGAACCUCAAACUUCACCAUUACAGGCAGCUUAGAGGAACCCAGGACCUCGUCUCCACCCCGGCACGCCAAGACUCAAGACUUCUCAUGCUGAUGGGAUCAGACAGCCGGUCCUCUCAAGACUUCAGACCCUUCACACCGGGGAAUAACAUGUCCGUCCUGGGCAGUCCGAUCGGCCUGUGUCCUCGCCCCGCCCUCAGACCGGACGCAGCUUUUCAAACCCGCCUCAGACUCCCACGUCUCGCCAAAGCAAGCACGAAUGCAGAGAACGGCAGGAGGAAGCUGUGCAUCCUGACGGCUAUUAAACCAGCCAACGUGGAGAGCGAGAAGUCCAAGUUCUUCGAGUCAGGAUUCACGUAUAAUCCGCAGUUCAAAUACCGGAACCCGGCGCCGGCUCAGGUGCUGGAGAAGCACGGCCACGCCUCCGACCGCUUCCUCACACAGGCCGUGCACAUCAUGGAACUGGCCCUGCAGAAGUACGGGAACUACGAGAAGUUCGAGCAAGCCACAGGAGGAAACCUGCUGACCAGGAGCCGAAUCUGGUUCCACGUCAAGAAGUACAUGGAGAAGGAAGGCUGUGUGGGAGAGAUCGUGGUGUAUCUGACCGAUGACCUGCUGUCCAGAGCCUCCAUGACCGUGGUGAACGGCAGACCCACGCUCACCAUCAACACCUCCACGGCCCGGGAGCAGUGGCUGGAAGGAAUGCUGAGGCAUGAGAUCGGUACUCACUACUUCCGCGCCUUCAACAACAGCCAGCAGCCGUGGGGCAGCGGCACGGGGAGGAAGACGCUCGGCCUGAAACCGGUCAACCCCACCGAGGAGGGGCUGGCCAGCAUCCACAGCGUGCUGUUCCGCCGAGACCCCACGCUGUGGCGAGCCGCGCUGCUUUACUACACCGUCCACCAGGCGGCGCACACGUCCUUCACCCAGCUCUUCCACGACCUUCAGCGCUUCGUUCACGACCCCGUCACGCGCUGGGACUACUGCGUCCGGGCCAAACGUGGCCAGACGGACACCUCUCAGCCCGGCUGCUUCAAUAAGGACCAGGUUUAUCUGGACGGCAUCCUGAAGAUCCUCAGGCACCGAGAGAAGAUCGACUUCCAGCUGCUCACCGCACUCGGGAAGGUGUCGUACGAGGACCUGGACCGGCUGAAGGACCUGGCCGUGAUGGACCACGUGCGAAUUCCUCACUUCCUUCAGGACCGGGCUCGUUACGCCGAGCAGCUCCAGAAGAUCAUGGAGGUCAACCAGCUGACCGAUGAGGAGCUGCGAGCACACAUCUGAGCGCGCUCAGUACCACCCGGCCUUGUGUCCAAGCUUGCAUCUAAGAACCAUCCUGAGACUUCUAACCACAAACUGUGUCCAGUGCUCAGUGUGUCCAGUGUCGUUGCUCUUGUAGUGCCACAGUCCCAGGGUACAAAACAUCCUGAAUUUGCCAAUCCUGAGCCAACCAGAGCCAAAAUAAAUCUGAGUAAAUCUG